ACGCAGCAGACGGCUUUUAAAUUUGUCAGUUGAAUAAAAACUUUCAAACAACAUGUCAGGCAAACAGUGCAGCGUUUUUUGGUGCUAUUAAAAAUUAAGAAAUUUCAAUGUUUCUGACUAAAAACAUUGGAGAAAAGUGUAAAACUAAUCAGGUGGCUAGUCAUGUGUACUAUAGAUGGCACAAUUCGACAAAUUCUCAACAGAUGUAGAAGUGAGCCUCGAGCAAGUAAUCAAAAUGAACAUGGACCAAUUUUAUUGGACUUGCUUGAAGAUGAUUCGAAGGAAAAAUUGGAAGCUGAUAUGAAGAAAUUUCUUGAUGAUCAGAAAGUUAACUUUAGUGUCGUCGAGUAUGCGAGUGUAAAUAAAAUGCUAGCUCUGUGUUCCUUAACGACAGAGAAAGUGGUUGAGGGUACAUGCUAUUUAAUGGAAGCACACUCAACUAGUCUUCGGCAGCAAGUGCUUCAUAGGUUUACAAAAACAAACGCUCGCAUCAAAUACCAGGCAAGGUCGGCGAUUUAUGGGUUAGAUCCUUAUCAUGUUAAGUACGACAUGAAAAAUACCUGGAACUGCAAGACCCUAAAAAGAAAACUGGCAGAACUUCCUCCUGAAUGGUACGUAAUCCAAGUUACAUCUCAACACGAGAAUUUUGCUGAUUACAAGUAUGAUGAGUACGCAGGAAAUUCUCUUUAUACUAUGCGACCAACACAUCCGAUACACAUCAGUAUUUUUCCCACUGGACCCAAUGCCAUAGAACCUUUUAGUCUCACUUUGCCAAAACCUAUCACGAACAACUCCUACGAUUUGCGCAAAGAAAUAGAGUCGAUUUUGAAUAAAAACAAAUCCGACCUCUUGAAUCAUUAUUCUAAUCGAACGCACUAUUGGGAAAUGCGCAGACGACAAGAUAGUCAAAUGAAGACGGCAAUAGACGAAUUGGAAAAUACUUGGUUGAGAGAAUGGAGGGUUCUUUUCAUGGCAGAUCCCUUAGAGAACCUAGAACUUGUAAAAAAUGUGCAUAGAAUGAUAGAUAAACUCGUAGACGACUCUAGAAAUUCCAAAGAAAUUCCAAGUAGUUCUAGAUGGUUGUUAAAGAAAGUGGCUGAGGGUUCGUGCUUUUUAUCAAAGGAAGAGCUUUCAAGAGCAGUCAAGUACCUUCUGCCAAACCACAAAAAACUUGCCAAAAACAUUGUGUUGUCCGUUCACGGAAUGACCAGUUCAAUUGAAGAGUUAAAAUCCUCAAAUAGAAAAAACAUGAUAUUAAUUUUGGAUGAGAACAUGGAUCACAUACCGUUUGAGGCAAUGCAGAUUCUGAGGCAUCAUCCAGUUUCUAGAUUAGCUUCUAUUCAUGUUACUUACGCCUUGUACAUGGAGUACCGAGAUUCAAUUGUGGAUGGCUGCAAGGUCAUUAAACUGUCAAACGACGUUGGUUCGUUCAUCAUAAACCCUUCAUGUGAUCUGCUCAGAAUGGAAAGGAGACUAAAGGUCUUCAUAGAUUACUGGCUUCCUGAUUGGAAAGGCUUGUUUGGCAAGGAGCCAGAUGAAAUGCGAUUCAAAAGUGCUUUAGUCGAUCAUGAUAUCCUCAUGUAUGCUGGUCAUGGAAGUGGAAUUCAGUAUUUGAGGGUCGAAGACAUCGAAAAGCUUCGUGUAGCAGCGAUUGUAUUAUUGUUCGGAUGCAGUAGUUUGAAACUGACCCCAGUUGGAGGCCGACAGCCUCCAUUUGGAGUUUCCAAUCAGUAUUUAACAGCCUGCAGUCCGUCUACUUUGGGAAUGCUGUGGGAGGUGACGGAUGGAGACUGUGACAAACUAACAGCAACCUUCAUGAGUAAUUGGAUUCCAUCUGAAAAUAAAGGGUCAGCGCAGAAUAUAAAUUUUGCCGAAUGGGACAAAGGAAUCCUGUCUCCGGAUGAAAAGGUUGAAGUUCCUCAGCCAGUGGAAUUCGAAAUGCUGAGGGCACUAGCAAAAUCAAAGGAUGUUUGCGGGCAAUACAUGACAGCAGCGGCGGUAAUCGUCCGCGGAUUACCAAUAAGAUUACAAGCCUGAAAGUACAUUUUCUACAAUUUUGUAUAGAUGGCAGUAAGUAAGUUUUAUAAUAAGAAUAUACCUAGAGAUUUGAAUGGGAGUUUUGUAAGACUUUUUUUUUUUGAUUGGGUAUGAUUUUAUGCAGGAAUGUUAUUUUAUCCUUAGAUGAAAUGUGAAUUGUAUAAACUAAGGCUUUGUAAAAAUGAUUUAAGGAAAUUUGUAUCAUUGCAAUAAACGCUUCUAUUUAUCUCGAACUGAA